UCCCGUCCGUUCCGGUCCCUGCCCGCCCCUCCGGUGGUCGGUGGAAGCUAUGUGCUGCUGCUGUCAUCACUCUCAUUGGGAGAGCGUGGGAUUGCUUCCUGGUUGUUACUGAGGAUUCAGAUCCGCGUUAGGGCAGCUCUGCAUGGAUUUGGAUUGGAGAAACACUACCCCCACUGCUCUUAGGUUGAACCACACGGGACUCCCGACUGUAAAAGAAAUUUCACGGCUCACAAAUGGCAGACCAAGCCUUAAUUUGGAAGUAAACUUGCCCGUGUCUGUUGAGCUUCUCUGAGAGUGUGAAUCAGGAAUGAAGCCGCCAUUAUGCCGUCCAGCUCGGAAGCCCACUUUGGUAUCCAAGAACUGUUAGCCAGCAUCAACUUGGGACAAUACCUGCCCUGCUUUCUGGAGUCAGGGUAUGCCACUGUACAGGAUUGUGUGGGAAUCAAUAACAGUGUGCUCCUGAAAAUAGGGGUGUUACCCACUGGUCACCGCAGACGUAUCCUUAAGCAGCUGGAGAUCAUCUCCUCCAAAAUGCAGGUGCCAGCAAUCUAUGCCUGUGUUCGGAAAGCCAAGAACAGAGUGGCUUUAAGGGACGUUCGGGCCUUCCCCUGCCACCUGGAUAUGCCGUGUUCCGACGGAGCUCAGGAUGUCGAUCCAGGACCCCAGGAAGCAUCCGCCGAACCCCCUGACGAGACGGACGUCUGGGUGUUGAGUGGGGGAUCUCCCAAAUCUGAAGAUAAGCCCUCUCCCUCCAAACCCAGAACCUUUCCACUUCCUGAAGUUGUGUCUCCUCAGAAACUGGACUGUCUUCAAAACGAGACGUUUGAUCUGGGAAGUAGGAGUCCCACCCUCAAUCCCAGCCUGACUCCUCCUCAUUCAGAGGAAGGGGGAACCUCCAAACCAGCAGACUUGAACUUUGCCAAUCUCAAUCCUUUUCAGACCAAGGAUCCGAUCCAGUUUUCUUCCUUUGGCUUUUGCGUCCCCAGGACCGGUCCUGAGCAGGAACCUGAGCAUUCGCCUCCUUCGUUUUUUGAAUUCAAAGGAGAAAUGGUGGUGAAUGAUCUGUAUGUGUCAUCCACCAGGAGUCGGACGCCUGUGAGGAGCCGGAGUAAGCUGGUUUCCAGGCCAACACGGUCUUUCAUAUUACGACACCGGCCGGUUCCUGAAAUUCCAGCGUCGUCCAAGGGAUUGGUUUCAGGGAGUUAUCUCCGAGAGAGAAGAAAUGUUAGUAUUUCAUCUGGAAAGCCAAGCGCACAGAAAAAUUCAAAGGACGAUAAAUCAUCACCAUCCAUCUUUCCAUAUGGUGAAAACUUCCUCUUAAAGAGCCCGGAAAUUUCCAAGAAAUCUAUAAAGAAUGAAUUCUGGACUGUUGAAGAAAAACUCAGAUGGGAAGCAACUGUUAAAAAGAAUUCCCUCAAUGGGAAAUCAAGCCGGUGUGAAAGCAAAGAGGGGAAAACAGGCGGAGAUAAAGUAGAAGACAUAUGGAUACCUCGGGAGGAGAAACGUGUUUUUUCACCAACCUCCGCUUCGGAAUCUGACUCUGAGUACUCAACCGUGGAAGAAUGUUUUCAGAGCUUACGGAGAAAAAAUUCAAAGGCGGCUAAAUCCCGGACUCAGAAGGGGAACUUAGAGCCUCCUGUAAAUAGGCACAGUUAUCCCCUCAGUUCUGCCAGCGGAUCAGCUGAGCAGCCCACGUUUACUCGAAACUCAAUAUCCCCCUACGCUUGUUUUUAUGGAUCAUCGACGAGGAAGGUGAAAGCAGGUUGGCUGGAUAAACUCUCACCACAAGGAAAACGCAUGUUUCAGAAGCGCUGGGUCAAAUUUGACGGGCUGAGCCUUUCUUAUUACAACAAUGACAAGGAGAUCUACUCGAAAGGAAUCAUUCCCCUGUCUUCGAUGGUGACCAUCCGAAGUCAGGGAGAAAACAAAUUUGAAGUCGUUACGUCCCAGAGGGUUUUUGUUUUCAGAGUAGAAAAAGAAGAAGAGAGAAAUGACUGGAUCAGCACACUUCUAGACGCCUUGCAGUCACAACCCAUCGCCUCUCAGAUGGGAGCUGGAGCCCCUCCGGAGAAAUGCGGAUACCUUGAAUUAAGAGGCUAUAAAGCCAAAAUCUUCACCGUGUUGAGUGGGAGCAAUGUGUGGCUCUGCAAAAAUGAACAGGACUUUAAGGGUGGACUCGGCAUUACCAUAAUCCCAAUGAAUGUGGCAAAUGUUAAGCAAGUGGACCGGCCUACAAAACAGUCUUUUGAGAUAAUCACUCCUUACAGGAGCUUUAGCUUUACAGCGGAGUCGGAAAAGGAGAAGCAAGAGUGGAUUGAAGCGGUCCAGCAAUCGAUAGCUGAGACUCUUUCCGAUUACGAAGUGGCUGAGAAAAUCUGGUUCAAUGAAUCCAACCGGAGCUGUGCUGAUUGUAAAGCGGCUGACCCUGAUUGGGCCUCCAUCAAUCUCUGUGUUGUCAUUUGUAAAAAAUGCGCAGGUCAGCACAGAUCAUUAGGACCUAAAGAUUCAAAGGUUCGGAGUCUAAAAAUGGAUGCCAGUAUUUGGAGCAAUGAACUUAUUGAGCUUUUCAUUGUCAUUGGGAACAAAAGAGCAAAUGACUUUUGGGCUGGAACCCUUCAGAGAGAGGAGGAAUUGCAUGAAGACUCCCCAGUUGACAAGAGAAAGCUGUUUAUUACCCAAAAGUACAAAGAAGGGAGAUUCAGGAAAACCCUUCUGGCGUCUCUCACCAAGGAAGAAUUAAAUAAGGCUCUCUGUGCUGCUGUUGUUAAACCGGAUGUGCUGGAGACCAUGGCGUUGUUGUUCAGCGGGGCUGAUGUCAUGUGUGCGACGGGAGACCCAGUCUAUAGCACCCCAUACCUACUAGCCAAGAGAGCUGGGCAGGGCCUGCAAAUGGAAUUCCUCUUCCAUAACAAAUUCUCAGAUUUUCCCCAACAUGAAACUCAUCCGGAGAGCGGCCUGCCCCAAGACUCUUCACAUUCAACCUUCCUCUGUGACUUUUUAUAUCAUGUCUCUUCUACUGCUGCUAAGUUGUUUACGGAGAAAAAAAUAAUAGAAGAGACCAAUAAAAAGUGGUGUGUGUUAGAAGCAGGCUUCCUGAGUUAUUAUGAAAAUGAGAAGGCCACUUCUCCUAAUGGCACAAUUAACAUCAAUGACGUGAUCAGCUUGGCGGUGCACAAGGAGAAUUCCUAUUUAACCACUGGGGCCAUCUUUACCUUUGAGAUCUACUUGCCCUCAGAUCGCACGUUCUUAUUAGGUGCUGAGACCCUUCAUUGUCAAAGGAAAUGGACCCAGGCCAUAGCCAAGCAUUUUGUCCCAGUUGUCGCCGAAAGCCUAGCAGAAGCAGAUUAUGAUCUGAUCGGGCAACUUUACUACAAAGAUUGUCACACCCUAGAUCAAUGGAGAAAAGGCUGGUUUGCCAUAGACAAGUCCAGUCUGCAUUUUUGUCUUGAACUUGAGAAUGCUCAAGAAAGUUUAAUGCAUCUGAGGAGACUCCAGGAGCUAACAAUCAGCACAGUGGUCCAAAAUGGAGAAAAAAUAGAUGUGUUGCUCCUGGUAGAAAAAGGAAGAACAUUAUACAUCCAUGGUCACACCAAGUCGGAUUUCACAGUCUGGCAUGCUGCAAUUGAAAAAGCAGCAGGUACAGAUGGUAAUGCAUUACAGGACCAGCAGCUCAGCAGAAACGACGUUCCCAUUAUAGUGAACAGCUGCAUAGCAUUUGUUACACAGUAUGGCUUAGGGAGCAGGCACAUCUAUCAGCAGAAUGGUGAUCCAUGUCGGGUCAAUGAGCUCCUUGAAAGUUUCAAAAAGGAUGCCAGGAGCUUCAAGUUGAGGGCUGGGAAGCAUCAGGUGGAAGAUGUGACGGACGUCCUGAAACGUUUCCUGGCUGACACAGACGAUGCCCUUCUCACCAAAGAACUCUAUCCCUACUGGGUCUCUGCACUAGACACCCAGGAUGACAAGGAACGUGCAAAAAAAUACGGAGCUUUUAUACGCACCCUUCCUGUGGUCAACCGGGCCACAUUGGCUGCUCUUAUUGAACACCUUUACAGGGUUCAGAAAUGCUGUGAAAUCAAUCAUAUGAACUCUCACAGCCUCGCCAUGGUGUUUUCAUCCUACAUGUUCCAAACAAAAGGACAAACCAGUGAAGAAGUCUCUGUUAUCGAGGACCUGAUUGACAAUUAUGUGGAUGUCUUUGAGAUUAGAGAGGAUCAAGUCAAACAAAUGGACAUAGAGAAUAGUUUCAUCACCAAAUGGAAGGAUACCCAAGUGUCCCAGGCUGGAGACUUGUUGAUUGAAGUGUUUGUGGGAAGCAAGUCGCCGGAUCUCAGUUCCAUCAUCAGGAUAUCUCCUGUCACAGAGGCGGAAGAGCUAACCAACGACGUGAUGGCCAUCAAAAACAUUGUCCCUGCCAAGGGGGAUGUCUGGGCGACAUUUGAGGUCAUUGAAAAUGAAGAACUAGAGCGCCCUCUGCACUACACGGACAAUGUGCUGGAACAAGUGCUCCAGUGGAGUUCAUUGGCAGAGCCUGGAACUGCCUAUCUCGUGGUGAAGAAGUUUCUCUCCAUGGAUGUCAUUCAACACUAUAAUGGCCAUGCUGCUUCUCAGUGUCAGAAAACAGCAGGAUCCCUCUUGUCCACCAUGGCCCAGCUGGAGUGGGUCAUGUCAGAGAGGAAUUCAGUGGAAAGUGUGAAAGAAGGAUUCUUGAAAUUCAAAGAAGAGCCAUCUAAAAUACUGUCCGGAAGUAAAUUUCAAGAGCGCUACUGUGUUUUACGUGAUGGUCACCUCUUUCUUUACAGGGAUACGAAGAGUAGCAAACCGGAUAAAACCCUCCCACUCAGCUCCUUGAAGUUUUACCGUGGAGUGAAGAAGAAAAUGAAGCCACCAACCAGUUGGGGUCUUACUGUCUAUUCAGAAAAGCACCAUUGGCACAUGUGUUGUGAGAAUCAACAGAACCAAAUGGAGUGGAUGACCAGUAUUUUCAUUGCUCAGCAUGAUAAUGACAUCUGUCCACCAGCUGGAAAAGAACGGAAACGAUCAAUAACUAAAAACCCCAAGGUGGGAGGCGUUCCUUUAAUACCCAUUCAGCAGGAAAGAACUCUUCCUCACAUCAGAAGGACAGCAGAGACUGGGAAGUUGGAGCCCGAGAAGCCAAAAGACGGCGAAGCUCAGGGAAGGGAGGUGCCGGAGUCCAGUCUGAAAGAACGUGCCUCCGUGAUCGCCUCCUGCUUGGAACACAAAGAGGACCGACUCCGAAAUCGGACCAAGAAGCACCGUAGCUUCAACUGCCUGGAGGACCCCAGGACCGAUCCCCCGGGGCACCCCCCGUUCCACAAGGACUCCAAGGCACAGAGGAAACCCGAUGAAAGGAGCAAGAGUGGUUUGGACUCAGAUCAUAAGCUGCCUUCCAAAGUCAUCGAGGAACUAAGCGUCGUGCUGCAGCGCACACGGACUCUCCCGAAGGACCCUUAGGGCCGACUCUGAGAGGGUCACAGCACCUUUCACCUUCCCAGUUAAUUACUGGAAUUAAGCCACAGAGCCACAAAGGACCGAAGAUAUGAAAUGGCCUUGAGGUGGCUGGGUGUCUCUGUUUGUAGAUAGUUGAAAUGUUCAGAGUACUUGAAAAAUAUGUACAUGUGGAAAUUUAAUUUAAGCGGCUCUAAGCCUACAAGGUCUGUUGCAUUUGGAAGUGAGGUUAGCUGAAAACCGGGACAGGUCGGGAGUUGGAAUCCUUCGCGAUCUCUGGGUGAAAGGAGGUUUGACAUUUUUGAAGGCUUGACUCAAGUGAGUAGCUAAGCUGAGUUUCUGACCUCUCGGUUCCAAGAGGCAUCCUCGGAGAGCAGAGAUCAAAAUUCUGUAUUCACCCAGAGUCGGUCUGGUGAUCUUGUGGGAUAUGAGGACAAGAAAAGCAUUUUGCACUUUGAGAAACCUUGUGUUCCUUGGGCUGCUGUCUGGCAUUAGAGUCUGAAACUCAUCUACGCGGUCUUAUUCUUCAAAUUAAGGGAAAUGCUGUCAUCGGUCACCAGUCUGUCGAAACCGGAACAGGUGUGUGAAAGCGGCCCACAGAAGAAAACUGAAAGGCGGGAAACUGUCAGGGAUGCUGGCUACAUUCCUAAGAGGCUACCUCAGAUGGACCUCAGACCAAAAGGACCCAGUAGCUGCUAUGGCAAUGUUUCUCUUUGACUUAGGAUAAAACCAAUGGGUCCAACAAUAUCAGCACAGAAGCAAUCAUCCUUCGAGCCCUGGGACAGUGGCGAGGGUCUAAUUAGAUGGUUACAGAGAGGUCCAGGCCAUUGCACUGACCAGGGGGUGGGAAGAUGGUUGUGUGACUUCCAAUAUUUCCCUUGCCCCACUUACUACAUAAAACUGAGGCUGUCAUUCUCCAGGGCUCCGUUCAUGAGCGGGGAAUUCCCAACAGUAGGAAUAGUCAGGGUCCACGAUUAAGGCAACACCCGACUCUUCCCUGAGAGAACAGAGGAUCUGGUUGUCGUAUUUGGUGGCAGAAUAUCCAGUCAUUUAUUCAGGUGGUUUGAAUCUAGAUCACAAUGGCCUUCUACAAACAAGAUGGGAGUUUCCCUCCAACGGCUAAUGAACCAGUGUCCACCACCCUAAUUACCUGCGAAUUCCUGGUCCCGUUUGGUCCUCAGGCCCAAGACUGAAGUUGCCACAGUGUUUGCACAAAAGCAUUAUAGUCCCUCCAGAGAAGGCCGGAAUCUCUGCUGAAUCCUGAAGUCACACUAUCUGUCAGGCUGAUGUUCCUCCUAGGUUUAUUUUUCCUUCACCGCCCAUGUCUCUUCCUUAGAUUCCAGAACACUUAUUGAAUGAUUGACAACUUUUCCUCUUAUUAAUCCUACCCCCUCCAUGCCAGAUUGAGCAGUUUAAUGGAACGGUGCAGUCUGACUCUGCCUCAAUUUUACACGAUGAAUAGAUCGAUCGCUACCCUGACACAGUCCAGAAAUCACGCCUCACGCGGAAGAGGGCAAAGGAGGCAUUCUGUCUGAAUGCCAAGUUCUCAGUGACUGGUAUUUUGGGGGAAAAACAGAGAAAAACUGCAGGCAGUUUCUUAAGAUAUCACAGGGCUUUUGGCUUAAAAAAAAGCUGAAAACUACAAUUUUUCAAGAAUGAAAUUUAUCUUUCCAACUCCCAAGAGUUGUUAUUCUUAUUGUUAUUCUUAAUUUUCUUUCCUUUUGGGAUUUUUGCAGCAGGGUGACGCACUGGAGGACAUUGUUAUGGGAUCCGGAGACUGGUCUUCUGGGCGGAAGCCCCCAAAGCCCUGUCCUUUCUGCCCUGAUUGAGGAGUUUCCCACUAUCUCUCAUUCUGUAUUAAAAGAUUAAUUAAGAACUUCCCAUCCAUUAUUCAGAAAAAACUAGAUUUUUAAAAAUCUAUUUGAGCUAGUCUACCACAGUCGCCAAUCUCUUCACAGAAGGAAAAUCCAUCCUGACCCAGGAGAGAGGUAUCAAAAUAUUUUUUUUUAAUGUUUACUUGAAACAGGUGCUGUCAGCUGUUCUGACAGUGACUAAAUGUUCCCAAAUCUAGGAUUCGUACAUUGUAGUGGAACAUUUCUCAUUCAAGUGUAAAGAUUCUCAGACCCUUUUUCCAUGCACUGCAGAGAAUUGAAUGGGGACAUAGCUGUGACUCAUUUCUCUGCUCACUAAAAUUCAUUUUGGAAUUGAGAAUCUAUUUAUUCCAAUUGAAUUAUUACUCAAUAUCCCACCAAUGUUGCACUGAGAACUCCAGUUGGAGGGAUAAGUAACUGAAGCGGAAAUAUGACGUGGAGACCCUGGGGUUCCAACGGCUACUGGUUUUCGCUGUUAAAGGCCCUGUAUUUUAUGAAAGUGAAACAUGACUGCAUUGUAUAUUUCAGAGAAUAAAUAAUAUU